UUCUUUUUUCUAUUCCUUUACUCUUAUUGUUUUUUCCAUUCUUUCUGUUCUGUUUUUUUCAACUUAUUUUCUCCUAAUAUUUCUUUGUCAAGUACUUAGGCAAUUCCAUGUCCCCAGUUUCUCCCUUGGCACAAUUAAGUAGAAUUGUGUAAAGUGCUAAAUUUUUUCUGUAUGUCCAGUCCAGUAAAGAAGCACGAGCCAUAAUGUGUUCACAUGUUCUCACAUGCAACUAAGACAUCAGCAGAACUGAAACCUUAAUUUUAUUUAAUUUUUAUUCAUUUAAAUUUAAAUGACCACAAGUGGCUAUCAAUUACCACAUUUGUUGAUACAUAACAUAUUAGGCCAUGUUCAUUCAAUAUCAACAACUAUGUAUUGAGGCCCUAUUAUAUACUAAGCUUGGUGCUAAGUAUUGGAGAUGAUACCCCAAAACAGAAGCAUUUAGGUGAUAUACAUUAAGUAUACAAAGGUAAAUGAGAUUAGUCCAUAUUAUCUAUGGUUCUAAAUGUGAUUAGUUAAUUAGGUAGAUUCGAGUGACACUGGAGGGAAUAACUCUUAAAGAACAUUUCUCUCAAAGUUCUCUUCUUUAAAAUAACAUCUACACUUAAGAAUUUGAAUGGAGAUUUAUUUUGGAACAACAUUAUAAAUAUACAAGUAUUUGUUUCAGGUAAAAUAAUAUGCAAGAAGAAAGGAAGUUUUAUUAUUAUCGAGCUUGUCAGGGUGUCCUCCUGACACCCACUAUAAUUUCUAUUUAUAGGCUAUCUUUCGCGUGGAAGGAGGACAAUCUGAAGUCCUAAGACAUAGCUCAGGAGAAGCCCAAACAUAGGGUCCUUUGUAAAUAACAAGCAACUCCCUGUGAAGGGGACAGUGGACCCUUCCUAGGAAUAUUUCUAGUAUCAAAUGGUGAACAAAUGGUAAGGUAGAAAGUUAGAACAGAAGGCUACCUUCCAAAUUUCAUUUUUAUUUAACAACAAAAUAGACCUCUUUCUCAGGCAGCUUAUUUUCUUCCUAUUUAUAUUGAGUUGAAUUCUAUAAACACAUAAAGAGUCAAAACAGGACUAAAAUUAUAAAAAUAGUACCUAAAAUAUUUAUUUAGUAAUAUGCUAUUAUUCAAAGACAAGAAAGGACUACAAGAGAAUGAACAGCUCAGGAAAGAGAGCUACAGAUGAUAAUGGACUAAGAUUAUGAGUGGGAAAAAGUGGCACCAAAGAUCUUGCUAGAGGAAUUACUAAAGUGUUGUUUACAAACACAGCAAUGGAAGCAGAUUAUAUGGGGAAGAGGGCUAAGUCUGGCAGGACAGCCUAAAGGUGAAGCAGACCAGCAGCAGGUGGCAAACUUGAGCAAAUCAGGUUAGACCAGUUUAAGAACUAUCUUCAAAGUCAGGCUGAAUUUGUUUAGAUUGUGCCCUUAGGCAAGAUGUUUUAGUUUGACAACAAAGACUUAAGACUUGCACAAUACAAAUGCAACAUGAACGCCUUCAGUAUUUGCAUCUUGCUUGCUUAACAGAGUUUUUAAUUAAUUAAUUAAUUUGAAAAGCAGAGUUACAGAGAGGCAGAGGCAGAGAGAUAAAGAGAAGUCUUCCAAUUGCUGGUUAACUUCCCAAAUGGAGCAGGAGCAGGAGCUGUGCCAAUCUGAAGCCAGGAGCCAGGAGCCUCCUCCAGGUCUCUCACACAGGUGCAGUGGCCUAAGCACUUCCGCCAUCUUCUACUGCUUUCUCAGGCCAUAGCAGAGAGCUGGAUCAGAAAUGAAGCAGCUGGGAUUUGAAUGUGUGCCUACCUGGGAUGCGGGCACUGUAGGCAGGGGGUGCCACCUGCUGUACCAUAGCACCAGCCCCAACAGAGUUUUUUUAAAAGUUGUGCUAAUCUGUAAAAAGCAUACAAUAAACUGCCAAAUUAAAGGUCUUAUUUAAUAAGUUUUGAAAUAUUUAUAUAACCUUAAAGCCUUCACUACAGAUAAUACCUAUAUGCAUUAUUCUUAAAAUAUCUUUCCCUUUUCUUUCCUUAUCUUCAGAAAUUUGCCUAACCUCUAUGUUCACUCUUCCACUGCCCUUCAGUUGCUCCAAUCCUCACCCCACCCCAUCCCAUUUUGCAACUUUACAGGUACCACUGAUAGCUUUCUAAUCCUCAAACUUGGAUACAUUAUAUAGAAUUUUCAUAUCAACAGCUGUACACUGUUAUAUAUUAAUGUUAGCCAUCGCAAAACACACCGAACACCUGAGAAAGGGAAAGGGUUUAUUGGGGAACACCCUACAGACCGGAGUGAAGGGGCGGUGAAGGAAAAAGAGAGAAAGAGAAUAUAAGAGAGAAACAGAGCGGAGAGGAGCUAGCCAGGAGAGAAGAUAGAGCAGAGAAGAGGAGAGAAGAGAGCAGAGCCAAGAGAGAAGAACCAAGAGCCAAGAGAGUAGAGAGAGCGCAGGAGAGAAGGGCAAAGAGAGCAUGUGUGCAGGAACAGGCCCUUUUAAAACUGCCUGAGGGUGGGCAGGGAAGCAGGAGCAGCGAAUCCCAUUAGGAUGGGGGUGGAGCCUGGCUCAGGUAGCUGGGCCAAGCAGGCAACUGGCUAAAACUGCACCUGUUUCCUAACAUACACUACUUUCUGUCUGGUUUAUUUCCAUUGUCACAGUUAUUUUGAAACCCAUCCAUAGUAUUGCAAACAACAAUAGUUCAUUCACUUUUGUGAACUAUUCAUUUUGUAUAGCAAAGAUUUUAAUUGGAAUAUGUGUUGGUACUGUGAAGAAAACAUUGAAAGUCUGAGUCAAGGCAGAUUAGCCGACCCCACCCAAAAGACAGACUGUGGCCUUGACUCUGGGGAUCAUCUGUGUAUCUCUGUGGACAGUUGGUGGGCUGACUUUAAUUAUUAUCUCUCUGCAAUACCCUUCCUUGCUGCAGUUGAUUCUGGCAUAAUGGGGAUAUUAUCAGACAAUGUCCUUCUUCUACCACCACCCAAGGAUCAGAUGAAUUUUUGUUAUAAUGUUUCUAGCUGCCAUUCAUCCUUUCCGGAAGUAAUGAGAAUGUGGAAUGAAUUUUACCAGCAUGUAAAGUCACCUUCUGCUAACUUGGAUGAACUCUUGAAACACUUAUGGGAUGCACAUGUCUCAUCUAUUGAGGCUGCUCAUAGAAAUUUUCACUGUAGGUUAAAAUAUUAUUCUACGCAAGAAGCAGAUUUUCAGAGAAGCUGGGCCCUGUUUGUGAAUUAUUUAGCUCAAUCACUCUUUCCUGCAACUUACAUUAGAAUAUGUGAAUUCCAGAAGGGCCUGCCACCACGAAUACUUAUUACUGGGGACAGAGCUCCCUUCAUCAGCGACUUCACUGACUUCCAGAAUAUAGUCCUACUUGCUCUAAAAUUCUUCCAUAAAAUGCAUAAGUAUACAGGAACAUUAUCUUUGGCUGCAUGGAAAAUUUUAAUGAAGUUUAAAGUUGCAAGGAAACUUUUUCUAGAAAUUUUGGAAAUUUCCAUUCACUUAUUUAAUUAAAUAUUUUUUGAAAUCUAUAACUGGGGACAGAAUUGUGGUGCAGCAGAUUAAGCCACUUCCCUGAACACUGGUAUCCUACAUUCCAGUCUUGAUUGCUCCACUUCCAAUUCAGCUCUCUUAUCCAGUGGCUGGGAGAGCAACAAAGAUGGCCCAAGUAUUGGGACCCCUAUUACCUGUGUAGGAGAUCUAGAUGGAGUUCCAGGAUCCUGCCUGGCUGUGGCAUGGCCCAGCUCCAGCCAUUGCAGCUUUUUGAGGCGUGAACCAGCAAAUGGCAAAUGGAAGACCUCUCUCUCUCUCUCUGUUUCU